AUGAGGACAACCGGGCCCGCCGUCCGCCGGCGCAAUCAUGCCUGGUUACAGAUGAGAAGCCGCGAGAGGCACGAUAGGCAACUAGCGGAACGCCAAAAACUGGUCGAUGACACCUCAGACGACGGCGACGUCUCGGACACCGAAUCUGUCAGCUCGCUCGACUCUCUCGAUUCCCUGGGCUCCUUGGACUCGCUCGAAUCGUCCAACGACGGCAACAACAACAACCAGCCUACGCCCACCACAAAGCCAUCUGUGGGCGUCGGCGUUGGUCUGGAAGCGAAACCGUCAGUCACCGUCUCCGCCUCUGCAAGCCCGUCAGUGGCUGCUUCUCUGACCGCCCGAGACCGGACAGGCCAAUGGAUCGACUCUCUUCCAGUACCACGGGCCGAAAUCUCCGCCGGCGUGAAGGUCGGGGCGGGCGAGCCCGACCCGGAGAGUGCGUCAGACUCUGACUCGGUGAGUGAUGGAAUCGAGUCCGAUGGCAUUGAAUCGGAUGAUGGCGACUCCGCGAGUGAAGACGAGAGCAGCGCUCCGCCGGCCGUUGGGACACCACCACCAGCCGCAGUAGUCCCACCUCCACCUGCCAUCACGUCGUCUGCUUCGUCAUCCACGAUCCACGCGUCCACGCCCCAAGUUGUUUCUACAACAAAGGCGUCCAGCUCUCAUGCUACUUCAGCACCAGUUACGACCAGCAGCACGAGCAGUACCCGGGCUACCAGCACUGUUGCGACCUCGUCUCACCCUGGGGUGAGCAUGGUCCCUAUUCCUACUCCGAUACAGAGCAGCACCAGCAAAAGUUCAACCCUCGAGGACCUUAUAACCUCCCUCGCCAGCACCUCGACUCAGCCUCCUGUCGCAGUGGUAACCGAUUCGCCGUCGAGUACCGUGCCCUUGGCCGGUGGAAAUCGAGAUGAAGAGACUGGAACUGCAGUCAGCACGCCGAGUAGCCAGCCCGAAAUGAACGGCCCUGCGAUAGACAGCCCACCGUCGAGUAAGAUGAGCGGGGGCCAGGUGGCCGGUGUGACGAUUGGCGUUCUCUCCUUCGCCGGCCUCAUCUUCACAGCCAUCCUGUUCUGGUUCAAACGUCGUCGCAGCCGCGGUCUCCCCUUCUUCCCACAACGCCGAUUCCGCCUCCGCGAUAAUGACGACGGCCCCUCGCCUCCUCCCAUGAGUCGUGCCAUAGGUACCGGCCCAGGCUCCGGCCCAGGCAUCGAAGGACAAGGCGGCGCAGCCUUCGUCACAGGUCCGCUCCCCGGCACCGUUGGCGGUUACAACGCGGCCAAGACCAACACCCAAAUCAUGGACGACCUAAUGCGAGCCGCCUACGCGUCUAAUAACGGCACUAACGAUAUGGAGGGCGCAUAUUACGCUCCACCCGCGGCAGCCAAGACCCGGCAGCCGUCACAACAACAACAAGAGUCAGAGCAAGGAGACGAAGAGUCAGCCAACAUAUUCAUCGACCGACAAGCCUACGCCGCACUGACACACCACCCACCCACGCCACGCGUACAACCACAACAACAACCCCAAAUCCAACAGACCCAACAACCCCGGCCAACAUCCUACGACCCCCCACCAACCCCCGGCUCCCCCAAAAAACCAGUCAUGCGCUGGCUCAACAGCGUGAUGACCCCUACACAGCCCAACGGGCCCGAGAUCCCACCCACACCAGCCAUGCCCCAGUCUGCCGCCGGGGCGCCGCGCAUCCCUUCAUUACCUAUGCCUCCUGCUGUCACGAUGGCGAGUAACGGGGGGAGGGCGGCCGAGGCGCCAAGGCCGGCGUAUUUUGGACGGGAUACUAUGACUACUGAUACGACGGGGACUAGUGUUAGGUGGUUUGGGUGA